AUGAUGUUUGCUGAUGAUGUAGUACUUUGUUCCGAAGAGAAGGCAGACCUGGAAGUGGACCUGGAGAGGUGGCACAAUAGAUUGGAGAAGAGAGGAAUGAAAGUGUCAAGAGCAAAGACAGAGUACAUGUGUUUAAAUGGAAGACAAGGAGGGAGCGUACUGAUGGACGACCAACAGCUGCCAGAAGUAACAAAAUUCAAGUAUCUUGGUAGUCUGCUACAAUCGGAUGGAGGUGUCGACAAGGAGAUCAGCAGAAGGAUCCAAUCAGGCUGGAAUAAUUGGAAAAGAAUGUCUGGAGUGAUGUGCGACAAAAGGAUACCCAUAAAAGGUGAGUAUAAGGGAGGUACAGAUUUUGACAGUCAAAUGGUGCUAGCAGACUAUAUCUUAGACUUUCCUGCUAAGUGGAAGAAAUAUCACUAG